AUGACGGAGGGGGACUGAGCCAGAACUGCUCGUCCUGGACACACGAACCUAACCCUGAAGACGAUCCUUUCGGCGCCGCGCCCUUCUACCCUCCUGGAGUGCCGCCGAGCGUCGGUGCUGCAGAGCUGUCUGCUGCAGCUCCUGCAGAGUCUCUGCUGCUGGCCGCGUCCCCGCCCAACCUGCAGCAGCAGAGCAGCAGAGUGUCAGCUGCAGCAACUGAACACCUGCACCUGACAUCAGAUGACCCGAAACCCCCUGGUGGUUGCCUGCUGGAGAGCUUCUCCACAGGUCAGCUCGUCAUAUCCCCACCACCCAACUUUACCAGCGACGAUGCAGGAGUUCUCAGACUCGCUGGGACCAGCGGGUAUCCUGCGGGACUCCCUCCUCCUGGCAGGAUCUAUUUGCCGGGCAACAGCGUAUAUCCUACUGGCGCCGCUACCAAUAACGAAUAUCCUGCCGAGUCCACUUCCACCAGCAGUGUAUACGUGGCAGGAUUUCCCUCCAACGUCAGCGGUGGUGUUAGCUCUGGGGUCCACAGCUCCACCGAUCAACACGUCGGGCGUCAUACAAUGGCGCACAAUGACGCUGCGUCUGUCCCAGAAACUGCAGAAAUCCUACACAACCUGACUUCAUCCACUAGAAUUUUGGUUCCGGUGCACCCUGCGGCGGAUGUAAAUCUGAUCGCAGACGAUGCACAAAGCUCCUCUGCCCUUGGGUCUUCAGAAGUUCCUGUAGGUGGCGGUGCUGCUGGGGUCGCGCAGCUGGUGGCGGUAGACGAUGUCGCUGAUGAAGCUCAGAGUGGUGCAGAUAACCCUUCCCUGCCGCCCUUCACCAGACCUCCUCUCGAAGACAGAUCAAAAUACGAGAAGUUUCAGAACCUUCAAGACGAAAGCGACGAGGACAGAGACGCAGGGUCGGUCGUGCCGACUAACGAGUUUCCGAGAUCCGCAAUGCGUCGCCUGAAGGGUGGACGGUCCGUCAAAACCACGACCAAGAUCGGCGUCGACGGCAAGCCCGAAUCGGUGUUCGUGUGCGUGUCCGACGACGACUCCAUCGGGUCCGCGAGCGACCUGAAGGCACGCAUCAACGACGAAGCUGCCGACGACAGAGGACGUGAAGAUGUGUCAGAGACCAUCAGUUCGUCCGUGUACCACGCAGAGUGUGAGAGCGUCACCACCCACGAGGAGGACCCUCGGGUCACGGGUGGCACUGACGCCACGAGACGUGGGCCCAAGCCCAGUAGGGCCUCCAUGCGGGCUCGUGCCAACGCCAAAAUAGAGCAGGAGAAACGGAGAGCCUCUAACCCGGACCGCCUCCUAGGCCACGAGUACGGCGAGAAGCCAUUGCUUCUUGACGAUGAACUCGACGACGUGCUUGACGAAGAAGAAAAGUCUGUCAUGGCGAGUGAUGAGCCGAAGCCCCAAGCCUCGUCACCCACCGUCGCCGCUGAGGAAUGUGCCUCCCUCAUAAACCUCGCGUCCCCACCACCGCCCCAGCCUCCCCUUAUGACUCCGUCGUCCGCCAGCACCCGCGGGGAGGUUGAUGGAGACGAUGACGUCUUUGCGUUGGCUCCCUUCAAGAACCCUUUGCAGAAACUUGGGACUAUAUUCUCCGUGCCCGCCUCCAUCUCCACGCACCUGCAGCAGGUCAAGCAGCUGCCCAUUCGAACUGCGGCAUCCGUAGCGACUUACUCGCCUCUUAAUGUCGCCACGCCCUCGCCAGACGAGCGUACCUCCUACCAGGACAGCGAGAGAAGACCUAGCCAAACGCACGUCAUUUACGAAGAAUCUCCCUCCGAAGAAUUCCCCAUCUACGAAAACGUAACAUUGAGUAAAAAAUGUUUACUUCCUGAGACUGAUGACUUCGAGGGCGUGUAUCCUCGUCCGGAGUUGAGCAACUCUAUUGUCCGCACGGCAGCCAGCAACCCAUUCAUCAACCCUUUUUAUGACGAGUCUGGGAGCAACGUCCAUGUUAUAUCCCUUCCUGGGACAUCCGUUACCAGUGAAGGUGUCAGCGAAACAGCAACGCUAUUAGCCAGCGACGCAGACGUUGCCGUAAGCAAGGACGUCAUGUCUCAGAGCGUCGACUCACUAACAUUCAGACAACCAAGCUGCGCGUUGUCUAAAGUCUCCUCGCAUUCCAGCACCGACUUGUUUGGGUCUACACCCUUUGGCUGUGUGGACUACAAAUCCAAGCCUUUAGCGAACGAAACUGCAAUCAACACAUCGCCUUUAGACGACACGACUUCGCAUGUGCCUGUGGAAACGCCAUUCCCUGCUCAAGUAACUCCCAAGUCAAAGCCAAGCCAUUUCUACUCGUCGUCUGCGGACGUUAACCCAGCGUAUCAAGCCGCCACUUCUACGCCUCGGACCAGCAAGUCCAACGAAGUCGUCCUCAACAAAACUGACGACGACGAAUUAGACGACGAAGACCUUUUUGGGUCAGUGCCUUUCAAGCCAAUUUUAAGUAACAGCCAACGAUCGUUUUUAGGACUCAAGAGCCGGACGCUUCCUGCCAACAUGAGCUCGUCCUUGCAGAGCCAAGUGCACCAAAUGGCCAGGGAGGAAAUGCUUAACACACACACUGAAAUGUUCAAAACCUCUGCCAAGGGAGGCAAGAAGAUGACGCCACCGACCUUCCGUAAGCCUCGCCUUACUCACCAAAUUCUGUCCUCCGAGUCCGAGAGUUCCAGCGAAGAGAGCCUAGGCAGCAGCAGCAGCCUGGCCAAGAAGUCGAAGGCCCGCGACAGAAGUAAAGACCGACUUAAAUACAAGAACAUCAGCGAGGAGUUCGAGGAGGAAAACAUGAUGGUGCUGCCCAUGAAGCAGUUCAGUUUGUCCAAGAAGGAUAAGCAGGGGAAGAAGAGCAAAAAACUUGAUAAACCGGAUAAAAUCGACAAGAAACAAGAGAAAAUAGAGAAAAAACUAGAAAAGGCCGAAAAAAAGUCUGAAAAGGCCGAGAAAAAGCUAGAAAAACUUGAGAAGAAAGCGGAAAAAGCCGAGAAGAAGCUGGAGAAGACCGAGAAAAAGAGCGAUAAAAGCGAAAAGAAGUCUGAGAAAAACGUUAAGAGUGACAAGAAAGUUGACAAGAGUCUUAGUUACGAGUCUGUUGGGAUCUCGAACAUGAGUUUUGAGGACCAGACUCUCGAAGACUCCCGCAAGGCAGCCUGUGGUGGGAGCAGACACUCCAUCAGCUCCCCCGACGAAGAGGGAGCUGACUUGCGCACUUCGGGAGCCACCAGAUUUGGCUCCCUCAAGCGCGGCAUUAAUCCCUUCUCCAAACUCAGCAACAGAAUUUGA